GACGCCAGGCAGCCCCGCUCGACCGAGGGAACCACCACAGUGCCCACGCAGCUUGCUCCAGACAAGGCGGGGCCUCGCUCACCUCCCACUCUGAGUUCAAAUGUACUCCACUUGGAACAUACCCAUGUUCGUGUCCGUCCGUGACGGCUCUGUGCCCACCAUGGCCUCUUUCAGUGCUGACAUGCUCAACCUCACCUCGCAAGUGCCUGCUCUCAACGAGGACCUUUCCCAGGGCAACAGCUGCCACCAGCUGCACGAGUGGCUCAGCUGGCUCAACGCCAUCCAGGCCCCUUUCCUCUGGGUCGUGUUCGUGCUGGCUGCCCUGGAGAACGUCUUUGUCCUCAGCGUCUUCUGCCUGCACAAGAGCAGCUGCUCGGUGGCGGAGAUCUACCUGGGGAACCUGGCGGCGGCAGACCUGAUCUUGGCCUGUGGGCUGCCCUUCUGGGCCGUCACCGUCGCCAACAACUUCGACUGGCUCUUUGGGGAGGCGCUGUGCCGCGUGGUGAACACCGUGAUCUACAUGAAUCUGUACAGCAGCAUCUGCUUCCUGAUGCUGGUGAGCAUCGACCGCUACCUGGCCCUGGUGAAAACCAUGUCCAUGGGCCGGAUGCGCGGGGUGCGCUGGGCCAAACUCUACAGCCUGGUAAUCUGGGGGUGCACGUUGCUCCUGAGCUCGCCCAUGCUGGUGUUCCGGACCAUGAGGGAUUACAGAGACGAGGGCUACAACGUCACCGCCUGCGUCAUCAGCUACCCGUCCCGCACCUGGGUGGUGUUCACCAACGUCCUGCUGAACUCCGUGGGCUUCCUGCUGCCUCUGAGCGUCAUCACCUUCUGCACCGUGCAGAUCAUGCAGGUGCUGCGGAACAACGAGAUGCAGAAGUUCAAGGAGAUCCAGACGGAGAGGAAGGCCAUGGCGCUGGUGCUGGCCGUGCUGCUGCUGUUCGUGGUCUGCUGGCUGCCGUUCCAGAUCAGCACCUUCCUGGACACGCUGCAGCGCCUCGGCGUCUUCUCCAGCUGCUGGGACGAGCACGUCAUCGACAUCCUCACACAGGUCAGCUCCUACGUGGCCUACAGCAACAGCUGCCUCAACCCGCUGGUGUACGUGAUCGUGGGCAAGCGCUUCCGGAAGAAAUCUCGGGAGGUGUACUGCGGAGUGUGCCGGAAGUGGGGCUGCAGGCCAGAACCCACCCAGACAGAGAACUCCAUGGGCACGCUGCGCACCUCCAUCUCGGUGGAACGCCAGAUCCACAAACUGCAGGACGGGGCGGGGAGCAGGCCGUGAGCCGACGCCACCAGGGCUACUGUUCAUUUGUGUGAGGACUGACGGACAGAGGCUGUUCAGCGUGGGCCGGGAAGGCAGAGGAAGCAUCCCACGCAUGACCUUGGGCAAUGAGUUGGUGUCUCC